AUUAGGUAGGUACAGUCUACCAACUAGUACGAUGGCGACCCCUACCAGUCCGACCGGUAAUACUACUACCAAUGCCAGUGACGAUACCACUGGCGUUACCACCGUUACCACCAAUCCCACUGAUACGACUGGUUAUACUGCUCCCACCGGCCCUACUGGCGGCAGUCAUACCACUGAUACUACUGGUUUAACCAGUAAUCCCAACGCGCAGGAGGCUACCCCGUCCAAGAGCAGCAAAAUCGUGAAGAAAAAAAUUUGCGAUUGCGCCCAUCAUGAGAAGAAGAAGUGGCCGUACAAAGGCGAGAUCGAGAUACCGAAGUGUGCGAAACGCUGUCCAUAUUGCGUCUACGAGCCAGCGAACCAGUCGACUUGGGGUUCGGGUUCCAUUAUUCGCAAACACAUCAAGACAUCUCAUAUCGGAUCCAAACGUAUCGAUCUGUUUAAGGGCCUGAGGGUUUUAGAUGGGGGAAAGGGCAAGGGCGAUCAUGAACUCGAAGUGGCAGAAACCGAUUCUGAAGGGGAGGACUCCUCUGAUGACUCCGCUAGAUCAAAAUCCCCUGAGACGACCAUCGGUCCUUGCAAAUCAUGUGCAAACAAGAAGCACAAGGCCUGUGAUAGGAUCAAUCACAGUUGUUCCCACUACUACCCACCUCGUAAGACCCGAAACAAUCCCACCACCACCAAUGAGAGCAGUGCUACCGGUACUACUGGUGGGGCCAGCGGUGCUAAGGGCAAAGGCAAAGGAAAGGCGAAGGCGUGAGCAACUAAUCGCAACUGGGCAAUGGGUUGGUGCUGCUUGGUGCUGGUUGGUACUGGUUGGUGCUGGUUUCUUGUAAAGGCAGUUAGGUAGACCGUAGUAGAUUAAUACUGGUCCCUUUUGGUAGCUAGUAAAUUUACUGGUACACUGCUUAAAAUAUCU